GAGAGAGAGAGAGAGAGAGAGAGAGAAAGAGAGAGAGAGAGAAAGAAAUAGGCGAAAAUGGAUCACGCAGCCGAUGCUCACCGUACGGAUUUGAUGACCAUAACGAGGUUCGUGCUGAAUGAGCAGUCCAAGCACCCUGAGUCUCGUGGAGACUUCACCAUCUUGCUCAAUCAUAUUGUUCUUGGCUGCAAGUUUGUCUGCUCUGCUGUCAACAAGGCGGGUCUGGCCAAACUUAUUGGGCUUGCUGGAGAGACCAACGUUCAGGGUGAAGAGCAAAAGAAACUGGAUGUGCUUUCAAAUGAAGUUUUUGUUAAGGCCCUGGUUAGCAGUGGCAGAACUUCUAUCCUUGUUUCGGAGGAAGAUGAAGAGGCCAUAUUUGUGGAGCCAUCCAAGCGUGGAAAGUACUGUGUUGUAUUUGAUCCACUGGAUGGUUCGUCUAACAUUGAUUGUGGUGUUUCCAUUGGAACGAUUUUUGGGAUUUAUGUGGUAAAAGAUGGCAUUGAACCUACUCUGCACGAUGUCUUGCAACCUGGAAAGAAUAUGGUUGCAGCAGGCUACUGCAUGUAUGGAAGCUCUUGCACGUUUGUGCUGAGCACUGGAACAGGGGUUCAUGGGUUCACUCUGGAUCCAUCUCUUGGGGAGUUCAUACUAACUCACCCAGACAUCCAGAUUCCAAAGAAAGGAAAAAUCUAUUCAGUGAAUGAAGGGAAUGCCAAAAAUUGGGAUGGUCCGACGGCCAAGUAUGUGGAAAAGUGCAAAUACCCGAAAGAUGGUUCAUCACCAAAGUCUUUAAGAUACAUUGGAAGCAUGGUUGCUGAUGUUCAUCGGACACUGCUUUAUGGAGGUAUCUUUUUGUAUCCUGCUGACAAGAAGAGCCCAAAUGGGAAACUGCGUGUUCUCUACGAAGUCUUCCCCAUGUCUUUCUUAAUGGAACAAGCAGGCGGUCAGUCAUUCACUGGCAAGGAACGGGCCCUUGACCUAGUUCCAAACAAGAUCCAUGAGCGCUCUCCAAUCUUCCUUGGCAGCUAUGAUGAUGUUGAAGAAAUCAAGACACUGUAUGCCGCAGAAGGGAAGAAGUAAUGAACUUAUAAUUCUGUUUCUGUUACAGUAAUUACAUAACUGUUCAGCUAUCUGAACUUCCAUCUAUUAAAUCAAGCUGUAAAGCGAGCGUACAAUAAUUUAUUGACGUCUACAACUCUAACAAGGUUAUAUUCUUAUGUUUUGAAUUAUAGCCUCAUAACGUUUUUUGGCUCAA